UACGUGCUAAUAUAAAUUAAUUUUUGCUUUCUUGAUUAUUUUUAGAACUUUCUGGCUUAAUUGUGCUGGAAUGGCAGAAGAAACUCCAUUGCAGAAAGCACGAAGGUGUGCAAGGGAGGCAAGACAGAAGUGUACGGAGGCAAAGAGACUGUAUGAAGAUGCUAUACAAUGCCUUCUGGAUUCAAAGAAAUAUGAAGCUCAAGGGGCGAGACCAAAGGAGGGCAACAGGACUCAGAGGAAUAAGCGUUUGGAUGGAGCGGCGAAACUGAAGGCUGGAGAAAGUUGUUCAAAGAAUAAUUACGAAAAGAAGUUACAGACCGAGCUGGAAAAAGCCAUAAUGGUAGAGAAGCCUUGUGUGAAGGGGUCAGAUGUGGCUGGGGUGGAAGGAGCUAAGAAAGUUUCGAAGCAGAGUGUCAUUUUCCCCAUAAAGUUUCCACACGUGUUCCCUGGAAAACGAAAACCUUCGAAAGGAAUAUUAGGUUUUGGGGAGAUGGAGUCAAACCAAAGUCACAGCUGUUCUCAAGAUGGCGACAGGUGCACAUGCACCAAAGCAUUGGUCCGUCUGAAUAAACUGAGAGAGAGCAACCUCUUUUCUGACGCGGUGUUGAGGUCGGAGGACGGCGGCGUCUUCCCAGUCCACAGAGUGAUUCUGAGCGAAGAACUGCUGGAAUUGCCUGUAGAGGAGCUGCAAGCGAUAAUCGAGGCCGAGGAACUGAACGUGAAGGACGAGAGCGUUGUGUGGGAGUGCAUUCUCCGGUGGAUCAACCACGACCCGGACAACAGGAAAGGUCAAAUCGCGGGUCUUUUGAUGGGCGUCAGACUGGGACGACUUGACGAAAAGUAUUUCGUUGAGAAG